AUGUUUCAAGAGGACAUACAUUCGUUCUCUUCUUGCACUGGCAAGCGCAAGAAUCCUUUCGGAGACUCUUCUGUUAUCACUCAGAAGAACCCACGCUCAGGAAUGGAAGUCUUUGAGUAUACUAAGCUAUUACUAAUGGCUGGCCAACAAAAACUGCAUCGUGAAGAAAAGCUAAAGAAACUGGGACAAAAUCCGCAGUCUCUGCUUCCUAGAUGCCAUGCUUCGUCGUCGGUCGAGCAUUGUUCAUUCUGCGAUCGCAAUGUCUGUCUACAAUGUCAGGUGUCCUGCGAACGAUGCCAGGAAGUCUUUUGCAGCUAUUGUUCUACGAUAAAGUAUCCUUCAGAUAUUGACUAG